UAUCAUCGCGGCGGCUCCAAAAACAGCUGUUCGGACUCCCCAGCUGAUAUUACGACAGGUGGCGGCCGAGGGUUAAUUGUGUGAACUUUACAGCGGGCGUACGGAAAAUGCGACCUCUCCAGCGUGUGCGGCAGCUGCUGAGCGUGGGAGGCCGGAUUCGGGAAAGAAGACUACUCCACGGCCAGCGGAAAGUUUCUGCCCCGAAAAAGGGUUUUCCUGUGCUGAGACUGGGUCUCCUGGCAGCCGGAGCCGUAGCUCUUGGUUACGAUGGAAUAGUAAACGACUUCACCUACUGUGGUGCCUCCGUUCGAUUUGUACGGUCCCUCAAAACCGCCGGAUUGAUUGCCGCCGACUAUCUGCGGCUGGACGAGAACGAUGCAGAGUACGAGACGAAGGUGAAGGUCCUGCACAAGAAGAGUGCCGAGCGACUGCUGGAGACGUGCCUACUUAACGGCGGUCUGUACAUCAAGGUGGGUCAGGGGUUCGCCGCCAUCAAUCACAUCCUGCCCGUGGAAUACACCAGCACGCUGUCCAGGCUGCAAGAUCGCUGCCUGCCUACCAGUCAGGCGGAUGUCCAGAAGGUCUUUCGCAAAGACUUUGGCCAGCUACCCGAGGAGAUAUACCAGGAAUUCGACUAUAAGCCCGUGGCGGCUGCCAGUUUGGCGCAGGUUUUUAAAGCCAAAUUGCACAGCGGCGAGCAGGUGGCCGUCAAGGUGCAGUACAACGAUCUACAGAAGCGCUUUAUUAGCGACCUUGGCACCAUCAUCUUCCUGCAGGACAUUGUCGAGUUCUUCUUCAAGGACUACAACUUUGGGUGGAUCUUAAACGACCUGCGGAAGAACCUGGUGCUGGAAUUAAACUUCUUGCAGGAGGGCCAGAACGCCGAACGCUGCGCCAAGGACAUGGAGAAGUUUAGCUAUGUCCAUGUCCCCAAAAUCCACUGGUCGCAUACAAAAACUCGUGUUCUUACUCUUGAAUGGAUGGACGGCUGCAAGAUUAACGAUCUUGAGACGAUAGCAAGACAAAAGCUCAGCCUGAAGGACAUCGACGUAAAGCUCUUUGAUGCCUUUGCUGAACAAAUUUUCUACACUGGCUUCGUGCACGCCGAUCCCCAUCCAGGAAACAUCUUUGUGCGACCAAAUAGUAAAAAUGGGAGAGCAGACAUUAUUCUGCUGGACCAUGGGCUUUAUGAAGAACUGCCUCAGAAUGUUCGAGGACCACUCUGCGAAUUCUGGGAGGCCACUGUGCUGCGGAAUGAAACCAAGAUGCAAGCCGCCGCCGAAAAGAUCGGCAUCGCCGACUACAUGCGGUUCGCCGAAGUGCUGUUCCAACAGCCCAUUCGCAUUCGAGGAGGCCGCAUCAGGGGCAAAUUGUCGCAGGAGGACAUCGACCACAUGCAGGAGAUAGCCAGGAAAAACUUUGAGCACAUCAUGGGCACCCUUAAGGAAAUGCCUAGGAGCAUGUUGUUUGUGGUCCGUAACCUGAACACGGUUCGAGCGAUUAGUCAUCAGCACGGGGACGUGGUCAAUAGGCCUCGAGUCAUGGCGCGAUAUGCCCAGAAGUGCCUUUAUAUGCAGAAAGAAGGGCGGUCUCCUCUGCGGUUUGUCCACUGGCUGAGUCGGCGCGUCUACUUCGAAUACUGUUUGUUUUUGUCAGCCUUCAAGCUGCGCCUCCUCGACUGGUACUUCAAUGUCCUCUAUUUGCUGGGACGUGCUCCUGCCUCGGCCAGAACCGUAAUGAGCGAGAUGAUGCAACCUCCGGAACCGGAGAUGUUGAGAUGAGUGUUUACUAGUAGCUUUCCCCCUAAAUCAUAAGUUUUAAAAUGUACUUUUAUAUAUUUAUUAAUUUUGCACUGACUCAUUCCCAGAAUAUAUUAAAUAAAGAAAAUCACUGAGAAUGAGUCUGGGCUAAGGGUUUUAUAUGGUGUGACGAACAAAUAAUUAUUGUAAAGUGAUAAGCAAUGUAUUUAUUUUAUGCCUUUAUGACGCUUUACCUUAUCUUGCUAUUAAGGUGUAGGACUUUUGAAUAAAUUGUUUAGUAAAUUGGA